AAGCGCGUCGCCCUUAAAACAGGAAAACAGCGGUGGACCAUCAACACUCUUCCAACAUGGCUAUCGCGGACAAAGUCAUCUCCGUUUUGACAAACGCCAUCUACAUUUCUACUGUGCCUUUUCUCCUAUGUGCGGUCGUGACUUUCCUGGUCACGACACUGAUAUGGCGGCGACUGACGUACUGGAGCAAAUACACCUGGCCACCCGGGCCUCGGGGCUGGCCAUUGGUCGGUAAUUCACUGCUGAUCGCUCCAAACUCUGGACAGACUAAUGCCAAUAUCACCAGGAUUGGAAAGCAGUACCAUCCAGAUAUGUUCACGCUGACUUUGUACUUGGGAAAGAAAGUCCUGAUCCUGAACAGCUAUAAGGCAAUAAAGGACGGUCUCAUCAGGCAGUCUGAGCUCAUAUCUAACCGCCCUCCUGAUUGGCCGUUCAAAUAUAUCAACAAGAACCGCAAAAGUGUUGGUAUUUUCUUCGAGUCUUACACCAACUCUUGGAAACGGGAGAAGAAGUACAUGAUGAGGACCGUCCGCCAUUUUGGUUACGGUACUUCUGCAGCACAACCCCUCAUUCAUCGAGAGGCUAACCACCUAGUCGAGCUCAUCAAGAAGAGAAACGGUCAGCCGUGUUUUCUUGGCAAUCCAGUUAGCCUCUGUUUCCUGAACGUGACCUUCUCCAUGAUCUUCAGCGCCACCUACGAGGAAGACGAUAGAGAGUUUUCCAAGAUACUGAAUAUUAUCAGGAACUGGUUCACGCCGAUCUUUAACAUGUAUGACGUGGAGCCGCUCCUCCCAUUCCUACACAGGUUCGGUCUGGGCUCUCGAUUGAAGCAGGGCAAGAGGAAUACGGAGGACUUGUUAGGAUUCAUUAAGAAUCACAUCGACAGGCACAGGGUCACUCUAGAUCCAGACAACCCUCGUGACAUGCUGGACGAGUGCCUGAUUGAGAUGGCUAAAGGUGACCCCAACAGUGAUCUUUCCAGAGGCUUCAAAGAGGAGAACCUUCAGUGGAUGCUUGUCUUCUUUAUUUUGGACCAAGGAGACACGACAACGGGUCUAUUCCUCUUCUUGAUUCUGGCCACUGCUUUUCAUGCCGAGGUGCAGCAGCGCGUCUUCCAGGAGAUCCAAGACGUCAUCGGGGACCGGCCGCCUUCGCAGAAUGACAAAGAGAAGAUGCCGUACACGGAGGCUGUUAUCCUGGAAACCCUUCGCAUGGAUACCAAUUUCUGGCUCUGGAUAGCUCACUUUACGGCAGCUGAUGUUGAUGUCCUAGGCUACAAGAUUCCCAAAGAUACCUCGGUCAUUCCUAACAUCUAUUCGGUCCACUUUGAUCCGGAGCUCUGGGGUGAUCCAGAAGACUUCAGACCCGAGAGGUUUAUCGACGAGCAAGGCCGCAUCAGCAAACCAGAAUACCUCAUACCCUUCUCAAUAGGACGAAGACGCUGUAUCGGGGAACAGUUGGCCAUGAAGGAGUUCUUCCUGUUCUACAUCACACUCUUGCAGAACUUCAAGUUCAAGCUCUCGGAGAGCGACCCGAAACCCAAGUUGGAAGCCAAGUUUCUUGAAGUCUUUCCGGAGGACUAUCGUGUCGUAGCAGAGCCAAGGGAAUAGCUUGGAAAAAACCUCAGCGAAGCCAUGAAAACUCAAGUCCAUUUUAGAACCGAUUUGCCAUUAAUUCUUAAGCGAGCCAAUUUACAGGUGUACAGUCAAGAACUUGGAAUUUAUAUAACCUCAUAUUUUGAAUUGGGUGAGGAAUGAGGAUUUUGGCUUUAAAAAAAAAAUUAAUUUCGUGCGAUAGAAAACGAAACAAUAUUAUCUGGUUUAUGAAAUCAAAUUAAUUACUGUACAAAAAAAGGAGAGGAUCUUGUCCUUUUGCUUAUUUAUUUUGUUUGUAAGGUAUGAUCAUGUGUUUAAUGUAAGAGGUUGAGGAAGUAGAGUUUAGUCUCCAUUGUGUUCUGUUGGAGCAUUCAAAAGUGUAUGAAACAUGAUUGUUAAAUCGAAUAAACAAGAACAUUUCGGCAGUUCAGAAAUGAA